UUAAAGCUGAAGGGAGAGGCAAUAAAGUAGCUUUCGGCUGGAGUCGGGAAGGUUUAAUGCAAAUAAGAUAUCCUGAGGGCAGCGUGGCAAAAAAAGGACUACAAUUACCAAUGGUUACAGCGUCUGAGAAGCGCUGCUUUCUGGGGCUUGUAGUAUCCAGGAGCUGCGUUUGACUGAUCGGAUCUAAGGACAGUCUCAUAAAAUUUAAAAAAAAAAAGCCGGGGAGGGGGUGAAGAAGUAGUUCUGGAUCAGGCCUUACUUAAAUUCGUAAUCGAUCACAAGCUUAAGUAUAUUUUAAAAAACCCAGACAGAGUAAAGGGACACGCCGCCUUUAAGAUUAUGCUUACUAAUCGAUGACUCCUAAAUCGAGGAAUAGGUAGUUGAUGUUUGUGGGCUGGGCCUGUGGGAGGGCUGCCUCGCCGUGUCUUCCUGCUGAGGCCGCCGGAGGAGGGAAGGCGGAAGCCGGCAGUUCGACUGCAGCGUUUUCUCACACGUGCAGUCUAAUUUUGAGCUGCUUCUUUUUGUAGUCCUUAGAGACCAGAGCGCUCGUUGUUUAUUACCCCACGCAUUUAUGUAGGGAAGUCUGGUGUAUUUUGCAGGCAAGCCAUGGCUCAGCUCCAGACACGCUUCUUCACUGACAACAAGAAAUACGCAGUGGAUGAUGUUCCCUUCUCGAUCCCCGCAGCCUCUGAAAUUGCUGACCUUAGUAACAUCAUCAAUAAAUUGCUGGAGACCAAAAAUGAGUUCCACAAACAUGUGGAGUUUGAUUUCCUUAUCAAGGGCCAGUUUCUGCGAAUGCCUUUGGUCAAACACAUGGAACUGGAAAACAUCUCAUCAGAAGAGGUUGUGGAGUUAGAGUACGUGGAGAAGUACACUGCACCUCAGCCAGAGCAAUGCAUGUUCCACGAUGACUGGAUCAGUGCAAUUGAAGGGGCAGAGGAAUGGAUCUUGACUGGUUCUUAUGAUAAGACUUCUCGGAUCUGGUCCUUGGAAGGAAAGUCAAUAAUGACAAUUGUGGGACAUACAGACGUUGUAAAAGAUGUGGCCUGGGUGAAAAAAGACAGUUUGUCCUGCCUACUACUGAGUGCCUCUAUGGAUCAGACUGUUCUCUUGUGGGAGUGGAACGUGGAAAGAAACAAAGUGAAAGCCCUGCACUGCUGCAGAGGUCAUGCCGGAACUAAGUUUUGCAGUGGCUCCUGGGAUAAGAUGCUUAAGAUCUGGUCUACAGUCCCUACAGAUGAAGAAGAUGAAAUGGAAGAAUCCACAAAUCGACCAAGAAAGAAACAAAAAACAGAGCAAUUGGGACUAACAAGGACUCCCAUAGUGACCCUUUCUGGCCACAAGGAAGCAAUUUCCUCGGUUCUGUGGUCAGAUACUGAAGAAAUCUGCAGUGCUUCUUGGGACCACACGAUUAGAGUGUGGGAUGUUGAGUCUGGCAGUCUUAAGUCAACUUUGACAGGAAAUAAAGUGUUUAAUUGUAUCUCCUAUUCUCCACUUUGUAAACGGUUAGCAUCUGGAAGUACAGAUAGGCAUAUCAGACUGUGGGAUCCCCGAACGAAAGAUGGCUCUUUGGUGUCACUGUCCCUAACCUCACAUACAGGCUGGGUCACAUCAGUAAAGUGGUCUCCUACCCACGAGCAGCAGCUCAUCUCAGGUUCUUUAGAUAACAUUGUCAAGUUGUGGGAUACAAGAAGUUGUAAGGCUCCUCUCUAUGAUCUGGCUGCUCAUGAAGACAAAGUUCUGAGUGUAGACUGGACAGACACAGGGUUACUUCUGAGUGGAGGAGCAGACAAUAAAUUGUAUUCCUACAGAUACUCGCCUACCACUUCCCAUGUUGGGGCAUGAAAGUGAAUAAUAAAUUUUACACAGAUUCCUUCUGUAAAUGAAAUUGAUAGAGAAUUCUCAGAUUAUAUCAAUGCAGAUGUAGGAAACAGCUUUUAAGAUUAAAGUUUAUAUACUGUUUCACCCUUGAUAAUAGUUAUCACUUUUUCCUUAUUUUGUAUUUAUUAUACAACAGUUGUGUUUAUUAAAUAAGAAACAUGGCUUGCAUCCCCUACCUUAUGAAAACCAUUGAAAUUAAACUGAGUUUUUAAUUUCAUUUUUAAAGGUAUUGGUUUGAAUUAAGAUUUGCUUUUGAAAUGCUAUAAAAGCAUAUGUUAAAAAUACAGCAAUUGUUCAGAUUUUUAAUUCUGAGGGAGAAACUUAACUUUUUAAAGGUAGCUGUUUUAUAAAAGCACCAAAAAAAUAAAUUUUCAUAGGGAGAAAAUUAGAAAUAUAAUCUGCGUUUGGUAAAAUAAGUGAUAUCUAACUAUAAUAAUGUUCUUUGUAGGUAUUCAGAACAUUAAAACAUGUAGAUGUUGCCAGUUAAUUAAGAAUUUGUUGAAAUAUUUUAAGUGAAGUACUUUGUAUUAAAGAUAAGUAAGAAUCCUUUAGAAAUAGCAUACAAAUUUCAUGGUAACAAGGAAUCUCUCUCUCACACUUAUCCUUGUGUAUAAGAUAAGAAUAGAUUGUUUAGACAAAACCUUUCCAUCAGUAUUAGAUAAAAACAUUCUAAAAAUUUUGUAUCAUUAGCAUUUAUUUACAUUCAUAUAUACCAGACAUUUAAAGUAAAUGUUUUAAAAUGUGACUUUAAUGAAUUGGUAUUUCUCAAGCAGAACACUUCAACCUCUGAGUAACCUAUGAGAAUCAGUUUGGUCCCUCACUAGACUCUGAUGCCAUUUAUCUCACAUGAGGUUUCUGUCACAGAGGUCUAGGAGACAAUCACUAUAACUUAGCUGCAAUUGAGAGCCAAAUUGACAGUGGGUUAGACCCUGUGGGAGAUUAGUUCUCUCAUAUGCAGAAGUCCAGAGGCAGUCCCAGACUGAUCAAGUGGUUUUGUUCCACACCCCUUAGCUACCCAGGCUCCCUCUACCCCUAUGACAUGGUCCUCAUUUUCACACACACCAAGAGCUAGAGCUCCAGGUACAUCAUUUUUUAAAAGACAUAUUUUCAUGCCCAAGAAGUGAAUAAAGGUAGUCAUAAAAUUCA